AUGUUUGAUGCCUGGGACGUGGUUCUCCCUCUGUACCGGUUUCUCGUCCUCCGGUUGAUACCAUGCGGUACAGCUGCCUACGAGCUCUCGGCGAGACCAAUCGGUGAGAAGAUAGACCUCGAUUUUCCCAUAUGCUGUUCGCCCCGCAAUGCGAGCAGCGUAUAG